AUGGACGUUGAUGCAAAUACUGGCGCAAACGAUGGUGAUACGACACCAAUUGCUGUUGGAAACGAUGAAAUGAUAGCAUCAACAGCUUCUAUCAUUAAUGAAGCUGUUGAUCAUGAAGUUUCUGCUGAUCAGGACGCAAUUAACAAGGAAAACGAAGCAAGAGUAGUUACUACGGAGGUGCUGGAUAAUACCGAGUGUGAUGUGUCUCUGCAGCCACUGGACGUUGAAGCUACGGAGAUGCAAGAUGAUAUAGCUGAAGAUAAAGAAGAGACGGCUGGUGUAAUUGGUCAAGCGGAAAAGGAACAGCAGAGUGAUGUGGUGAUUGCAGAAUCGAUGAUUGACACGGCGUCUGUGGCUUUCAAUACUGGCGCUAUUGAGAUUCGUAAUAAUGUGUUGAUGGAAGUAAUUGACGAUAAGAUUGAUCCAGAUGAGAGUGAAGCUGUGCUCAUGGACGCUCUUGAUAAUGAUGAGAGUGACGCUGAGCUGGUGGAAGCUAUUGAUGAUAAGAGUGAUGAACAGGAGAGUGACGCUGAGCUGGUGGAAGCUAGUGAUGAUAAGAGUGAUGAACAGGAGAGUGACGCUGAGCUGGUGGAAGCUAGUGAUGAUAAGAGUGAUGAACAGGAGAGUGACGCUGAGCUGGUGGAAGCUAGUGAUGAUAAAAGUGAUGAACAGGAGGGUGACGCUAGUGAUGGCAACAAUGAUCAAAAUGAGGGUGACGCUGUUGAUGACAUAGGUGAGCAAGAUGAAGGUGACGCUGCGAACAAGGACGAUAGUGCUAUUGGAGACAGUCGAGAAGAAAUGAUCCAGCAUGUUGAGGCAUCAGGUACGCAUGAGUCGCUUGCACUGAAUGAGGAGGCGACAAUAGUAGCGCAGCAAAACGUGGUAAUGGUCGACGAAUCGGUAAGUGCGCCGAAGAAGGGUCACUCAGAUAAUGCUGAUCUCGCAGAGUCGUUUGCGCCUUCAAAAGAGACGAGCGGUGUUUUGAGUGACGGACAAGCAGAAAAUGAUGUUUUACCGAUAAAUGUGGAAGCCGGUGCUUUGCUUCCACCAGCGCACGAUGAAGCUGCGUAUGAUUUGUCAGCGCCUUCAGCAUUGUCGCCUUCUAUACUCCAUGGAGACGAUGAAUAUGACCCGGCCAACCCGUCUACUACGGGGACACCUGCUGCAAGUGAUACUACCAUUGGCUUUGUUAGCCAUGACCCAGCUGCCAAGAAAGAGUACAAUCUUGACAAUCCAGGUGUGACAUCUGCAGCACCUGAGGAAUCUGCUGAAAUGGAAGUAGAUCAUACUGCUGCAAGUACUGAUGGUGAAGAGCUGUCGACCGUGACCCCAGCGAAGAGAAAACUUGAUGGCGAGAGCAUUUCUACGUCUGAUGUAGCAGUGAAUGGAAAUACAGAUUCCAAACGGCCCCGCCAUGUCGAUGGCAACAAAAGCCCUCGCGACGACGAUCACAAGCACGGUCGUCAUCGGCGUAGCAGCGGUGAUUCUACUCUCUCUUCUAGCAGUAAAUCAAAACAACUCGACGAGGAUCACAAGGGACUUUCUGCUGCAGCGUGGGACCGAUUGAUGGAUUUUCAAACAAGCGGUGAGUUUCGUGUCACCCAAGUAAGCCGUGCUGCUUUUGCAUCCGUUGGCGCUAUGCCUGAGUUUGCUCAAAUCGCCAUUAUUGCACGGUUUGUACGCACACCUAUGCGAGACAUUCGCGACAAGAAUGGACAGCUCAUGCGCAUUUUUCGUGAGUACCAGAAGGAAAACCCGCAAAUUGCGGCACUGCAGCCUGUAGACGCCUUCAUUUCUGACUACAAAAGUGACCCACGACUGUUCCGCUUUGGGUACGCUCCUCCUCAGCCAGCUACUGGUAUUUCUAUAGUCCAGGUGCCUUAUCAACGGGACCAACCUUCUAAAGAUCUUCCGGCAAAAAAUUCUCCUCGUCAAGGAAGGAGUACAGCUGGACGGUCCGAACCUGACCACCCGCGCAAAGAUGUUGACGAGUUUGGGCGUGUUGUCCACUUGGACAAAGGAAUUGCAAUUGAGCCUAGUAGAGCAGCACGCUCUACUAACGACCGAUCAAUUGUAGACCCUCGGCUAUCUUCGCGAAACCGUCAAGGUCUUUCUUCACCAUCUGCCCAAGCAGUGUCACCAGCUACGACAGGAGGACGAGCUGAAGAUCCGCGUCGCCGCGAUCAGCCUAAUUCUCAAAGCAGUAGUGGAGCAGGACGCGAUCCGCGUCGUCGUGGUCCAUCGUCAAGCCAACAACCAUCUCCACGAGGAGUGCUACCAGGAGCAUCUCGUAUGCCAAACCCAAGUGAUCUAUACGAACGUCUACCGCCAGCUGUAAAGGCUGUAGUAAACAGUAUGCGUCACGAAGGAAGGUUGCAAGAGCCACUCAACGACAACGUGGUCACGCGAUUGCUGCAUCUGCCUGAGCGUGUGGCGCUGCAAGCCGUUGAAAAUUUUAGCAACGUGGAUCUGUCGCAGGUGGAAAACCUGCAAGGAUUUCUGGUGGGUAUCAUCAACCGUGUCAACGAGAAGGCGAUUGCUUCGGAGAAACAGCAUCGGCCGCAGAUGGCUUCUCCUCGUGGACAUACUCCUUCAGCGAUUCCGCUAGGUGGAAACUAUGGUGUGCCUUCCCAAGGCGGGUCGGUCCUCGGUGGACCUCCGCAAGGCGGGCGUCUGAACAGCAACAAUGUAGCAAAUGACGGUGGGUAUCGUGGCCAGCCUGUUUCUAUGGCAACCGGCCCCGCUCCAGCGUUGUACGAACGUCCCUACGACGCCCAGCAGGAUAUGCGGGACCCGCGGCGCCGUCAGGCAGCUCCUCAAGGGCUACCUCAAUACGGUGGUGUACAAGGACCACCUCUCGUUGGCAUGGGGCACGGUCCUAUUGGGAUGCAUUCGUUUACGGUGUUACCGCUGUCAGUGCAAAACCACAUUCACUCGUUGGUGGCAAACCGAACAUUGGCAUCAUUAGAGGAGCUUGGUGGCAAGUGCUACGAAGUGCUUGGCCAGCUUUCAGAGCCACUGGCGAAUCAAGUGCUCACUCGAUUUGCUGGUGCUAACCUCUCGAACGUUCGCAAUAAGAGUGGUUUUCUCAUUGGUGUCGUCAAGCGAGCUCGGCAAGAGUACGGCUUCGACUAA